AUGGACAUCGAGGCGGGGGUGGCCUUUGCUUCAAAUCCCGUUCCCUCGAUCAACGUGGAAGAGGAAUGGGAGUGCGGUUUCUUUGAGGGAUACUCGACUACUCGGUUUCUCAUCAUCACCGCCGUCUCGGCCAUCAGUUUUUUUGGUUUCUUCUUCAAUUUGCUUCUGUUGGCGGUUUUCCAGCGUUCCCUCCCCUCAUCGGUCUAUUUGGCGGCUCUUUCACUCUUGGAUGCCUUGAUUUGUUUCACCUACAUUCUUCUCUUUGGAGUUGAUGCUGGUUUUGUUUACCUUAAGAAUGAAUUCCUCUUCAACGUCUACCAUCGCUACAUCGUUGUCGUUUUCUUUUUGUCAAAGGUUGUCCAAUUCGCGAUCCCUUUUAUGCUCAUUUUGGCGACGCUUGAGCGCUACGUUUGGACAUCAGCCGCUCAAACGAGAGAUUUCUUCAAACCAGUUUUCUCCGAUGCGGGUCGUUGCAUCACGACGGUGAUCAUUUUCGCGAUUUCCGUUUCGCUCCGAAUGCCGAUUUUCUUUGCUGUCGAGGUCCGUCAAUUCCCUCAAUGCCCGGAUCGUUUCCGCUCUCAAUCGGUUUACCCAACGGAAUGGGCGCGAAGCUCGCAUCCCUACUAUGUUUUCGAUUUCCACGUCAUCGUUGCCUUACAGACAGUUCUCCCGUUUUUCAUUCUCCUUUUCCUCAACGGAAUCAUCAUUCAGCGAUUGUUAAUCGAAAAGAAACAAGAGCUACCCGAUGCAAGGCAGAACCGUAUUAGAAUUUUGCGGGCUGUACAGAUGUACGCUGCCAUUCAACCAACUCUUUAUGAAGCAGCGAAGAAAGUGUCCACAGUGAAUGGAGAUUAUAAACAGGUACCGGUAAUGCCGGAGAAUUACGUGUUACUUGAAGUAGCCACCGAGCUCAUUAAAGAAUCACUCAUAACCAGAUCUUGUCGAGGAAAAAGAGCUCAACUGAGAAACGCGAUUUAUACAAUGAUGGCUAUUGUCACCUCAUAUCUUGUUUGUAACGGCUUACAUUUAUUGCUCACGUUUUUGGAGAGAUUCAAGAAGCAUCUUCUAGAGGAUCCAAACGAUCCAAAUCUCUCCUCAACUUUCUACAUAAUUCUAUCGGAUUCCGUCUCAAUCACCUAUUUGAUCAGUUCAGCGAUUCGCAUUUUCAUUUACGCUAAAUGCAAUCCGAAACUCCGAAAUGACAUUGGGAAAUUCUUGCGUAAUCGCAAAAUUUCGUUAUUUUUU